CUUCCUUGUUCUGUUUCCCCAGGUCUUUCGAACAAGUUGGACCAGUGCUCUUGUUUGACCCGCUCCAGCUGUGCUGUGCGCCACUUUUUUCUCUUACCUUAUUUUUUCUUCGAGCUAAGCCUCUUCCUCUUCGAUCUCCAGCUAGCUGGUUUCGUCUAAAACAACAAAAAAGCAAAAAAAAAAAAAAGCAAAAAGCUGACCUUGAAAGUACAAUCGCAUAAUCAAUAUCAUGUCGGCCGAACAGAAUCACGGACUUGAGAAGGACGUCGGUGGCCCUGCUGCCCCUGCGGCUGCCGCCCCUAACGCGCCGGCUGCUGCGCCCGGCGCUCCUCCUGCUGGUAUGUCUGCUGAGGAGCACCGAUCGCGCUUUGGCUACGGUCCUCUGUCGCAUGUCAACACCAAGGAGGCGAUCCUCCCACCCUUCGGUGGUGAGUUCCAGCCUGGUCUGUACAAGUCGGUCGAGGCGCGCAAGUUUGCCAACCCUGCUCCCCUUGGCCUGAGCGCUUUCGCCCUCACCACUUUCGUGCUGAGCUGUAUCAACAUGGGUGCGCGUGACAUCACCCACCCUAACAUUGUCAUUGCUCUGGCCUUCGGUUACGGUGGUCUGGUUCAGUUGCUUGCUGGCAUGUGGGAAAUGGCCGUUGGAAACACUUUUGGUGCCACUGCUCUGUCCUCUUAUGGUGGUUUCUGGAUUGCGUUCGCCAUUGUCCUUACUCCCGGUGGUUUCAACAUUCAGACCGCGCUCACGGCUGAAAAUGGUGAUGAGGCCAUGUUCUACAACUCGUUCGGUUUGUUCCUCAUGGGCUGGUUCAUCUUCACCACCAUCAUGCUUUUCUGCACCCUGAGGUCUACCGUCGCCUUCUUCUUGCUGUUCUUGUUCCUCGACCUCGCGUUCCUGCUUCUCGGUGUCGGUUACAUCCAGCGUGAUGAUGCUGGCCAGCCCAACCCUCCUGUCAUCAAGGCCGGUGGUUUCUUUGGUCUGCUGGCUGCCUUUGCUGCUUGGUACAACGCCCUUGCCGGUAUUGCCGACAGCAGCAACAGCUUCUUCAUCAUCCCUGUCGCCCACUUCCCGUGGUCCCCUACCGGUCGUGCUCGUCGUGAGAAGACCGAGCGCGAGACUGUUUAAACCCCUCGUCUCCGCCGUUCGCUCAAUGAACGAACGGGAUAGCCUUUGUGCUAUUCCGGUCGCGGUCGUGGAGCACAGUCAACCACUUGCAGAUAUAGUAUAGAGACUGCAAUAAUCUCGUCGAUACCCAACGUAAGAUCGUCGUUGCGAAAGAACCGUGAUUUUGGAUAGAAACACCGGUAUAGGGUUUCGUCAUUCUUGGCAGCGAUGUAUAUGGUCUUGCGGUAUAUGAAAUCUUUUCUUUGUGGUUUCCUAUCGAUGCCCUUAAUAUAUUGAUUAGUCUUAGUUCAGUUUAAUCAAAUUGUAACGAUUC